AUGAUGUCCCCCAUCCUCUCCAACUUCUUCUCCACUGUGCCUCAAAGUUUCUUGAGGAUCAAGAACUCCAUCCGCCACAACCUGUCCCUCCACACUCGGUUCAUCCGUGUCCAAAAUGAGGGGACAGGGAAGAGUUCCUGGUGGAUGCUGAACCCAGAGGGGGGGAAGAUGGGUAAGGGACCCCGGCGACGCGCUGCUUCCAUCGACUGCCCCAACGGCACCAAGAUCCUGAAGAGUAAAGGACGAGCCAGGGGGAAGAGGACUGGAGCUGGAGCUGGGAGUGGAGCUGUUGGUCGGGGCAGGCGGCAGGGUUAUGGUCUGGGUCAGGGGGCUCGGCCGGGGAUGCAUCAGGGGUCUCCAGAGCAUGGUAGUCCUGCAGGGAAGGGAGGAGUAGGGGUGGGAGGAGAGGAGUAUGAUGCCUGGACGGAUCUCCACUCCCGGACCUCCUCCUCAGCUUCGACACUCAGCGGCUGCCUGUCUCCCAUCCUGGCCGAGGCUGAGCCAGAUGAGCCAGAGGAGGGAGGUCUGUCCUGCUCCACUUCCCCACGUCUCUAUCCCAGCCCUACUUCCACUCGCUCCCCUGCCCUGGGCACUGGGGGGCACUGCCCUGGAACCUCAAUGGAGCUACCCCAACUCACUGACCUGACUGGAGCUAUCAGCCUGGAUGAAGUCUACCCCCACCCCCAGAACCACCCUCAGACCCAGCCUCGUAAUGGCUACCCCAGCCCCUACGGCUCCAGCCCCAAGGGGGAAGGCUCCUACUGCGGCCCCGUCUAUGGGCAGCCAUCCCUGGGCAUGCUGCGGCUCCACGCCCCCAUGCCCAUGCAGACCAUCCAGGAGAACAAGCCAGCCAGCUUCCAGCGCCCCCUGAGGGCCUACUCAGAGAACAAUGCCCUGCAGAGCCUGCUGACCGGGGGGCCUGGAGGUCCUCAGUACUGCAGUAAGGACAUGGUCACACUGGGAGGGCAAGGAGGGGAGUCACACACGCUCCUGACCCAGGUAACCAAUCAGAGUCGCAGCAGCCACAAUCAUAGCCAUAGCAACCAUAAUCAUAAUAACCAUGAGCACGGACACAAUCCAGGCCCACACAAUGGUCACGGCUCAGUUCAUGACCAGAACCCCAGCGGUCAUCAUCAGAAUGGUCACCACAAUCACGGUCACCCCAACCUGGACUACAACCAUAGCCACAAACAUCACCUCAGCCCAGGAACUGACUACAACCAGAGUCACAGCCACAAACUGAACCCAAGCCAUGACCACACUCCCCGGUCCAAUCAGGGUCACCACCACGGUCACCUCCAGGGUGGACCUAGACCUCCAGCCAUCCAGGCUCUUUCUCCCAGAGUCAACACAGAUAUCCUGCAGCCCUACAGCCUCAAAACCCCCACCCCAACCCCUAGCCACUAUGGCCCCCUCACCCCCCAUCUCCCCACCACCAAUCCCCAUCCCUGCCCCCAACCCCGCCUCAGUUCUUGA